CCAUCCGGCCAACCAACUAUCCACUUCCCCCUCCUAGCCCAACCAACCCCCAAACCCGACCCGCGACGACUUUGACGACCACAAAAUAAUCAGAAUCGAGCAGGGAUAGAAGUAACCCUCUCGUUUGUUCUGUCACGCUGCUCGCCUGCACUACCGGCGUCAUCCACAAACACACGACCACCCACUCCCCACUCACUCCUCCACCCUCGCUCGCAUCCCCAACACCCACCCCGCCACCUUCCACCCUACAACCAAAAACAGCCCUCACACCCCCCUUCAUAGCUUCAGAAAUGGCGGCCGCGAUCAAAGCACUCAAUGCUAAAAUCCGUAGCAACAAGUACACCGACUACUUCUGUUCGACCCACUUCUGGGGCCCAGCUUCCAACUUCGGUAUCCCCGUCGCCGCAGUGAUGGACAUUGUUGGCAAGGACCCUGAAGUUAUCUCGGGAAAGAUGACUUCAGCGCUUGUGGUCUACUCCGCGGUUUUCAUGCGUUACUCGAUGGCUGUGACUCCUGCGAACUACUUGUUGUUCGGUUGCCAUUUCGUCAACGAGAUCUCGCAGUUGACUCAAGGCUACCGCUACCUCCAGUACUGGCACAACGGAGGUCGCGAAAAGCACCUGGCGGAACAGGGAACCCCAAGUGCCAUCAAGGACGCCGUGAACACCGCGGCCGACAAGGUCAACAAGGUCACGAAAUAGUCCACAUUCAAGCAGCUUCGAUAGCAUAGUCCUUUGUCCUUCCAGUUUUAUUGGGUUGGGUACCAUACUACGCUAGGACUUCAAACCUCUUUGUCUUCUUUGUUGUUGUGCUGGUGCUAUAGAGGCGGGGCGGCGAUAGAAUACCACUGCGUUACGAUGGAUAGUGGUGGUAGUGGUAGUGGUGGUGGUGGUGGUGGUGGUGGUAGAGGAGAGGAUCGAUGAUCUACAACUGAUGAUGAUGAUGGCCGAUGGGGUGUGCGCGCAAUCACG